CAGACAAAAGCUGAAAAACUCGGGAAGUUUCUGUUGGAACGUCUGGUUGAAAUGAACUGCAGACGUCCCGCCCUGCGCUUCCGCCUCUGUCCAGCAGGUGGCAGCAACGCUGAUGAAAGCUGACAGUUCAGAGAAGAAGAGAAGGCGGAAGAAACAAAACCAAAUCACCAGAACCGAUCCGAAUCUCUGCAAGGAGCCUCCAACGCCGUGGUUGGGAUCGAUACCAACAGUCCAGUUCUGAUGCUGAGGGCGUGAACCCGGCCCGGCCGGCAGCCAUGGCCGAGGCGGGGGCCCAUCUCACCUCCACCUCCAUCGGUGAGCAGCCGUCCAUCUUUGAGGUUCUGGCCCAGGAGUCGCUGCUGGAGGCCGUCCGUCCGGCGGUGCAGCACGCCGUCAAGGUUCUGGCGGAGUCCAGCCCGGCCCGCUUUGGCUGUCUGUGGAGGACUUUUGAUGAGCUCUACUUGCUUCUGGACCUGCUGCUCCAGAACCACUUCUUGUCCCGCUACAGCGCCUCCUUUUCUGAGAACUUUUACGGCUUAAAGAGAGUGUCAGAAGGGCGGGAACGUCCUGUGCACAAGGGGCUGCGCCGUCCCGCCCACUGGCGCUCUCUUCUUUUGCUGUGCCUGGUUCCGUACCUGCGGGCCAAACUGGAGGCCCGGCUGGUCCGGCAGAGGGAUGAGGAGGACUUCUCCAUCCAGUUGGCACGGUCGAGGACACGGAGGCUGUACAGCGCGGCGGUGGCGGCGUUCCCGUACAUCAGCUCGGCGUGGCGCGUCUGGGUCUUCUGCCAGCAGCUGCUCUUCGUCUUUGGAUCCUCCAGAACCCACAGCCCGCUGCUCUGGCUGGCCAGGGUCCGACUGACCCGACUGACUGCUGCAGAUUUCCGAAACAUCGAGGGGUCUGACGACCCCGCUCACAGCAGGGUCGGUUGGAUGAUGUCACAGGCGGCGAGGGGCGUGGCCACCUCUCUGUCCACCUUCCUGUCCAUGGGCGUCUUCUUCUUGCAGUUCCUGGAGUGGUGGUACUCGCCAGACAACCAGAGCACCGUGAGGGGUCUCACGUCCCUGCCUGCACCCCCGCCCCCCCUCCACCUGCAGCAGGACUCGAACAGCCGGAGCUGCCCGCUCUGCCACAAGUUGUGCGCCAAUGCCACGGCGCUGUCCACCUCCAGCUUCGUCUUCUGCUACCCGUGCAUCUACGCGCACGUGAAGGAGCACCGCUGCUGCCCCGUCACAGGCUUCCCCAGCGCACCUCAACACCUCAUUAAGAUCUACGCGCCUGAGGGUUAGAGCGACGGCGCCUCCCGCUGGACUCACGCGUCCGCUGCUGAGAAAUAAAAUCACCAAGCCGUAGGCUUUUCGAACUGGCCCUGAACGCCACCGUCUGAAAUGAAAGUCCCGCCCCAAGCGUCAAUCUUUAUUGAACUGAGCUCAAUCAGUUUUGGCUCCUCCCUGUCCGGCGCUCAGAGUCCAUUUGAUCUAUUUCACCAACAAAUGAAGGAAGAAAUGCUUUUGAUGAGGCAAUAAAGAAGUUCUGAAUAAGAUCAAAGUGUUUUCUGCUAUGAUCUCUGUUGUAGAACCAUUGACUGCAAAUGAGAACAGGACUGAGUGACUCCUCCCCUUUGGCGUUUCAAACAGGAAGUACCUGCUGGUCCAAGAAGCCAAAAUUCCUUCUAUAGAGAAAUAAACAGCUGUUACUCAUUCUAUUGGUCAGAAGAACCGUUCUGGAUCUGAUAUCUUUUUCCAACAUAAACCUGAUUGUCCUCAUUUUUUUGUUUCUUCAAGUUACAAACCGUCCAAUCAGAUGCCUUAUUAAAAGUAAGUGGUUCGAAAUGCU